AAGUCAUUUUAUUCAACAAGUUCAAUAUAUCUAUUGCGAAGUAUUGUGCAAAGUAUGGAAAUUCGUAAAUAAUACUGGCAAAAUUGUGCCAAUAUUAUUUAGAUCACCUAACUUCACUUACGACCGAAAGAAAGCGUUGAUGAUUAUAUUCUUGCCAAGAUUCAUAUAUUUUUGCUGAUUGUAUACUAGCUUUUAGAAUAUGAAUUGAUAUUGAUUUUAAAUUAUAUUUAAUAAUUGGGAUUUCAUUUAAAAUGAUAGUAUAAAUUUGAUUGGGGUGACUGAAAAUUUUCGAUAUUUAUGACUAUUUAAAUUUGGAAGGUUAAUUUUGAAUAUUUAGAAAUUAUUUCAAGAAUUUACUCCGAUAGUCCUAUGUAAAAUGUGUCAGUUCCGUUUUGCAUAUAUUAAGACUUAUGUCAAAUGUAAUUAUAAAAGAGUUUUUGUAUUAUUAUAUUUUGGUAGUUAAUUUUUAUAGCUAACAAAUUUCAAAAAUAUAUAUUAUUUACACAUACAUCUUCAGAACAUAUUAAAAUAACUAGUAAGCUGCUCCAGAGCUCUUCAUCCCAAACAUGACGACGACUAGGAAAGAGGAAAAAAAAAUUCCAGUUCACAUUUCGAACCUGCUGGACAAGUAAGUUUUCUUUUAAUUUUCAAACAUGGAUUAACUUCUUAUUCAUUCAUUUACUUUUGUAAUGUAAUUGGAUCAAAUUUCUUGUAUAUAAUCCCAUGUGAAGCAAACACAUGAAUUUAGCUCUAUACAUUUCAGGCCUGGUUCUCAUUUCUAUGUAUACAACUUGGAUAGUUUUAUGAUUAAUAUGCUCGAUAUAAUACCAUGAUCUGAUAUUGCGUUUGUUGGAUGUUUAAUAAAUGUUAUCCAAACUAAUUGCCUCUAGUUGGUAAUGAUGUAAUUCGAUUUUCAUAGGUUGUUUUUGAUAUCAAUAAUCAAAUUUUUUAGAUAUGUGCAACAGAUCACUGUGAAUAUAUACGUAACAGGUCAGUGUGAAGUGUAAUAAGUAUGAGUGAAGUAUAUUUGAAUUUAUAACUCAAAUCCAAUGAUUUUAAUUGCUAAUUUGAGAAUGGAAUGGUACUGUUUAUGUCAAGUGUUCAUUUUCUUCUUAUUUGUGUACAACUUUAAUAACAUGUCAGAAUGCUAUUUAGUAUUAUUCCACCAGUCCAGGAGUAAUUCCUUUUCCUUAAAAUUUUCGAUAACUUCCCGGGGGCGUAGAAGGCUUAUUAAUAUAUAGAUUUUGUUAAGUAUCAACUCAAUAGAAGUAGUCCGGUGUUAAGUAAAUUCCUUGUCAUCAUGUACAUACGGGGUUGUUCCAAAUUGUGCAACAUAGGACUAAAAAGAACUUUUUCUUUGAGCUAAUUACCUUCACGCACAAGGUUCUCUUAUUUGCCAGAAGAAAAUAAUAAGAGUUCCUUGAUGAAAAAUUCCCAUGUCAUAAUCGAUUGCUCCGCUCGUAAGGUUUGAAACCAAAUGUUCAAUCACACUACAACGUUGCAUAUAUAGGUUAGUAAGUUGAGCCCAAAUAAUGUCGGUAUUAAUUAUGACACCCACAAGCGAAACACUAAUCAGGUUACGGAAACCUUCAUAUUUCGGGGGUGGUGUAGGCAUACAGUGACUUAGAUCAGAUGAGUCAAUUCUGAACAUGAAAACAAAUAAGAUGGUAUUUUGUAGGCACUGGAUGUACGAUUAUGAAGUUUCACUUCCUUAACUCCACUGUUUGAUAUGUUUUUAAUCCAAAUAUCUAUAUCUGAAUAGAGAUGAAGAGGCAGAUCAUUAGGAUUGCAAAGAAUAAACUUCAAUAUGAGACCUCCACGAGAUAAAAGAAUACUGCUUCCGGUUAUUGAAAAUUCAUAUAGUUUAGUUUCUCUACUUCUGAAAGGAAACCUUUGAGAAAGCCGGUUGAAGAAGAGGUCAUCAAAAACUAGGUGUGAGUGCAUUUCCCAUUUACCCCUCCAUGUUUUUAAGAGAAUGCUCAUUCUUGCUACACAGUCAACCGGCAAUCACUUUUGAAUUAGGUCUAGUGAGUCACUGGGAAUGUCACUUUUGAAUUAGACCUUCUUCUAAAGUGAUUGCCGGUUGACUGUGUAGACAUUCUCUCAAAAACAUGGAGGGGUAAAUGAGAAAUGCACCAACACCUAGUUUUUGAUGACCUUUUCUUCAACCGGCUUUCUCAGAGGUUUCCUUCCAGAAGUAGAGAAACUAAACUAUAUGAAUUCUCAAGAACCGUCAGCAGUAGUCUUUUAUUUCGUAGUGGUCUAAUAUUGAAGUUUGUUCUUUGCAUUCCUCAUGAUUUGUUUCUUCAUCUCUAUUUAGAUAUAGAUAUUUGGAUGAAAAACAUAACAAACAAUGGAGUUAGGGAAGUGCAACUUCAUAAUCGUACAUUGAGUGCAUACAAAAUACCAUCUUAUUUGUUUUCCUGUUCAGAGUUGACUCAUUUGAUUCUAAGUUGUUGUAUGUUCACACAACCCCGGAAAUUUGAAGACUUCCGUAAUCUGAUUACUGUUUUGCUUGUGGGUGUCAUAAUUACAACUGACAUAACAUUUGGGGCUCAACUUACUGACCUACAUUUGCAACGUUGCAUUGGGAUUGAACAUUUGGGAUGUCAAUAUAAAUAUUAUAUCAAUCUCACUUUUCUGAGUAUCACCCAUUGUGGGGAAAUUGAUGGGCAAUGGUUUGGAUGCACCCGAAAGGUGAUUGAUUCUGUUCUCAUGUUAUAUGGAGCGGCAAAGAGCAUUGUGGAUUUGGAAGAGCUAGUUGACAAUAUGCCUAGAAUCCGUACUCUUCAUCUUGAUGGCUCUUUUCUUAAGUUUUUUCUACUGGGUAUGAAAGACUUGCGGUCCUCUCUAGUUAAUGAGGUUCCCCCGAGCAUCCACAACUGCAGAGAUUAUAUGGAAGUAACUAGCCGUAUUGGUAGGUUCGUUUUGGAAGUUAAUGUUGAACCAUAUGAACUCCUUGGGAUUGUUUAUUUUGUGGUUGCAGAAUCAGAGACCCUUUUUGUUGCUCUUGAACGCGAGAUCUUUUUCUGGGUUUAUUAACUUCAAUUUCAAUGACAGCAAAGUUUUUGGUUUAUUUAUUUAUUUAUUUGUUCUGGGUUU